UCCGUAUCAUAAUUAAUGACUUACAAAAACAAUAACAUGCAAUCCUUGUGUCUAUUAAUCCUGGUUUUAGUCUCCAUCUGGUUGAGUACUGGGCAUGGUGCUGCAAUAGGUCAAGAACUUUGUAACUGCCUACCUACAUUGAUUAGAACACCAAAAAUAUCAAUUCCAAAACCCGGUCAGCGAGUCAUCUGUACUAAAAUAACUGGCGCCCAAGAAUACACACCAAUAAAAAAUGCUUGCACUUGUGUAAGCCCACGGGUGAUGCCGGCCUCGGUGGCUAGAGUGGAAUGCAACUCGAUGGCCACUACACCGGUCCGGAUGGGGGGCGGCCAUAGCGGUGGCGUGGACGCAGCGCCGCCACUAUUCGGCGAGCCGGGCGGCGCGUUUUUCCCGGAAACCGCGUAUGGAGGUGUCUCUCCACUCGCAGGAAGUCCGGUGUUCCAAGACCCACCCGGCCCGAAUGGUAUAGACGAACCGCCGGUGGAUCCGACAGGAAAUGGGUGCUGUGGAAACAAUCCACUCGCGGCCGUCGCGGUGGAUCCGGUGUCGCUGAUGCUAGCGCAGGCCGAGGCCAACCGGUGCAGGGCCGACGUGCGCGAGGGCCGCCUGGCAUUCGGGCAAGUCGCUGUGCCGAGAGACGCGUUGCCGUUGCCACGGGCCGUGCCGGACAUCAACGAGGAGGGCCUCUACGCGCUGGACAAAGCCAUCGUCGAGCUGAAGACUUGUAAGUCACGGUUCGCAGACGACACGGCUGCGCUGGCGACGGAAGGUGACGCGCUUCUGGCCCUCGAGGAAGACGCUUUGCGACCUGUGGACGACGCCGGACCGAUAGUGACGCUGCCCAGCUACGCGGACAUCGGCUACCAGACCGAAACGCCAUCCUGCUCGCCACUGGUAGUCGGCCGCACGUCUUGCCCUGUGUACGAGAACACCGUGCCGGUGCCACCACUAACGGACGCCAAUGUAGGAUACUCGUCGUCGCGAUGCCGUUGUACUAGCGAUAAGUCGUCUUCGCUGCUGAAGUGCUCGUGUGGCAGGUGCUCGUGCGGUAAGUGCUCGUGUGGGAAAUGCUCGUAG